AUGGUUUCUGCCAAGUCUUUCGCCGUUCUGUCCCUCCUUGGACUCUGCAUGGCAGCUGCUCUGCCCGCUGAAGUCAGUGACAAGAGAUAUCUCGUCAAGUAUGAAGGCGACAGUGCCAACGACAAGCGCUACUUGGUCAAGUACGAAGGCGACGAGGAAGCCGCCAAGGACAAGCGUUACCUUGUCAAGUAUGAGGGCGACGAGGAGGCAGCCAAGGAUAAGCGUUAUCUUGUCAAAUAUGAGGGUGAUGAGGAAGCUGCCAAGGAUAAGCGUUACCUUGUCAAAUAUGAGGGUGAUGAGGAAGCUGCCAAGGACAAGCGCUACCUUGUCAAGUACGAGGGUGAUGACGAGACUGCUUAA